UUAUUUCCACUUGUUGGCUGUUACAAAUAGUGCUGCUGUGGACAUUCAUGUACAAGUUUUCUGUGGACUUAUGUUUUCAGUUUUGAGUAUAUACCAUAUACAGGGUCAUGGUAAUUCCAUGUUUAACAUUUUGAGGAACUGCCAAACUGUUUUCCAAAGUGACUGAACCAUUUUUCAUUCCCACCAACUCGUAUGAGACUUCUAGUUUCUCACAUCAUGUGUCACUUUUUGGUUCUAGCCAUUUUAGUGAGUGUGUAAUGCUGUCUUGUGUGGUUACAAUUUGUAUUUCCCUGAUAGCUGAUGAUAUUGAGCAUCUUUUCAUGUGCUUAUUGGCCAUUUGUAGGCCUUUUUUGGAGAAAUGUCUAUUCAAAUCCUUUGCCCACCGUUUAUUUUAUUCAGAAAUUGUAAAGAACUCUUAAAACCCAAUAGUAAAAAGACAACCUGUUGAGUUUUAAGAGUUCUUUGUAUAUUCUGAAUGCUAGACCUUUAUCAGACUAUGAUUUGCAAACAUUUUCUCCCAUUGUGUGGGUUGUCUUUUCACUGUCUUGAUGGUGGCCUUCAUUUAUAACAUGAAAGGUUUUAAUUUAUCUAUUUUUUUUUUUAGUUGCUUGUAUCUUAGAUGUUAUAUCUAAGAAACUAUUGUCAGCCAAGUGUAGCGGUGCACACCUGUAGUCCUAGCUACUCGGGAGGCUAAGGUAGGAGCAUUGCUUGAGCCCAGGAGUUCAAGGUUGCAGUGAGCUAUGAUCCCACCACUGCACUUUAGCCUGGACAACAGAGCGAGACCCUGUCUCAGAAAAAAGGAAUUACUGCGAGCACUGCCACCUGCCUGGGGCAGCCUUGGGGCAGGGCUGGCAGGGGCGACCUGUGCUGCUGCAGUGCAAGACUCAGAGUGCCAUGGCCCAGCACCUGGCAGCUUGUCCAAAUGGCUCUGCCUCAACAUUGGUGGCACCUACUUUCUCACCACCCAGCAGAUGCUGUGCCAGGACCUGAAAUACUUCCUGUACUGCUUGUAUCAGGCUAACCCCGACAAGGAUGAAACUGUUGCCUAUUUAAUGGACAGAGACCCCACCUAUUUUGGGCCUGUGCUGAACUACCUGAGACACGGCAAGCUGAUGAUUAACAAAGACCUUGUGGAGGAAGGAGUGUUGGAAAAAGCAGAAUUUUACAGUAUCACUUCAUUAAUAAAACUUGUAAAGGACAAAAUUAGAGAACAAGAGAGCAAAACAUCACAGGUGCCCAUGAAGCAUGUGUACUGCGUGCUUCAGUGCCAGGAGGAGGAACUCAUACAGAUGGUGUCAACCAUGUCCGACAGCUGGAAGUUUGAACAACUGGUCAGCAAUGGCUCCCCUUACAACUAUGGGAAUGAAGAUCAGGCCAGGUUCCUCUAUGUGGUGUCCAAGGAACUUCACAGCACCCCGUACAGUACAGCCAGUGAACCCAGCAAGAAGGCCAAGAUUUUGCAAGAACAAGGUUCAAGGAUAUGAGGGACAGAGUAUUGACAGUGGAAAAAAUGAUUUACUCUUUUCCAAGAUGCAAUGAACUACCAUGUCCGGGAAGCUUGGCUGCAAGAAGGAACCUGCUUUUGAUCAUUUUUCUAGAGAUCUGGGUGUGAAUCCUUUUGUGCUUCUGAGGUGGGUGGUGAGAGACAGGUCCAGCUGUCCAAGACCAGGUGUCCCCAAGGGGAGGAGCAUGGCGGCCAGGUGGGUACUAUCUCUUGAGGGGGGCCAGAUGCUCCCAGUCAGCCCACUCACUCCCUGAAGAUCAUGUAAAGGACAGAGUUCUUGGUGCUACACAUAGUCUGUAAAAGCAGCCUGGGCUUCACUGGCAGGAAGCGGCCACGGCGUCAUCGGCAUCCAGCACGUCGUGGCCUCUGGUCUGGCUGCCAGGCCUUAGUCUCAGUCGGGAGUCUGCUCUGCCUCCCAGGUGGGAUCGCUGGUUGCUCUCAACCUCACAGAGCUCCUGACAAAGGCGGCUUCUGCAUCAUCACUACUUCCCAGCGCCGUUUCGAGGCCAAGCCUCUUUCUGACACAGGCUAUGAUCCUGCCUGACUCAGCCUGGGACAGUCAAGGCUUUUCAAUUGGUAUUUUCCAGGCGAGAGAACUUUGUACCACUUUUCAGUGUAGGUAGACUCCCCAGUGUUUAUACUCUGGAAGUGCCCACAAGGAUUGCUGCAUUGAGACUGAUCUGUUCAAUCCGUUAGCGUGAGGUAGCAGUGUUGCCUUGUCUCCCACUCUGCGGGCUCAUGGGGGAGCUGGUGCCUGUCAGUGCCAUGUCACACCUGUCAUAGAGGUUGGGCUGGAGGCCUGUCUGCUGGCUUCUGGAGCUGAAGGUCUGGGUCACGGUGAAACUUCGGGAUGUUUAUGGAGCAUCACAAAUGCCUCUUCGGGAUGUUUAUGGAGCAUCACAAAUGCCUCUCUCUCACCACUCUCUCAUUUUCUUUGUAUAACUGUGCAGCCUUUCUGGGAUGUUUGGGACUUCAGUCGACCUUCAUGGGCUCCACCCAACACGACAUGGGAGCUAAUGGGAUUCUUUUGGAAACCACUGCCCACAUGCUUUGAAAACAGACCUUUCUUAGCUGGUUGUGGGGACCUGUCAGAGUCUGGGGACCUGGGGUGCAGGGCAUGCUCCAAGCUCUUUGUUUCCGGAACUCCAGCUUCCCAAGGGGCACUGUGCAGACUGACCACCAGCUGCCCAUGUGCAGGUCAGGUUCUGACACUGUCUGGUUUCCAAUGCUUCUGGAGACUUCUUGCCUAGGCCUCAUCUUCUUCUUUGCCAAUAACCUGAUUAACCAAGUUCUCCAGCAUUAGGACUUACCACCUCCUCUUUGUAAGGUCUCUCAUAUGCUGUUAAAUGUUUGGCUUAGAUAAUUUAUAAAAGCCUUUCUAGAGAGCAGACUUAGCCAUGGGAUGACCCUGUCCUCACCAGCAGAGCUCGGGAGGAAGGCAGCCACUGUGGGCCCUCAGGGGGUACUCUCUGGAGAGCUGCUGGCCCCUUAGCAUUGUUUGAUUUUUGACCUUGAUAUAAUAGAUAGGCUUGUGUUGGUUUUUUUUUAAUUUAAAGAUAUUAAGACUUAAUUCACUAAAAUUUAUUCUAAGGGGAUAUUUAUACUUUUAUACUUUUUUAGGUAUGGUAUUUUAUAGUUUAAUGCCUAAGUUUCCCCUGAAAAUAGCAAACAAAAUUGUGUAUUUAUGAAAAAAAAGAAA